AUGAACACUGUACGCGCACUCACCAUGAUCGCAGUUGCCGCAGGCGCUGCCGCGGAAUCUGCCCAAUGGAGUCCCGCUAUCAACCACGUUCUCGCUCAUGCUGUAGCUACACGUGACGACCACUGCGCUGAGCUUCCAAAGCUCUGCACAGAUGCGGUGCUGCUACGUGGCUAUGAGACGACUCUGACCUACCUGUGUCCCGAGAAGACCGAAGGCCCAUCUACUGUCACCGUCACUACAACCAGGACGACUACGGUCACGGCUGACAAGAGCCUGACCUCUAGCGUUGCUCCCGCUCCCACCUCGGAUGUUGGAGCUUCUCCUUCAGGACAGCCUAACCCCAACAUUCCUGUCUCAGCCACUUCAGACGCUAGAGGUCCUCCCGCAGAGGAGCUCACCACAACCGUGAUCAUUCAGUCAACAGUCCAGGUUACCAUCACUAGAUCGGUCACCAAGGUCGCCCCCAGCUCCACGUCUUCGCUUCUUCCUCCUCCAUCGAUCACUUGGUCCUUCACGGCGGUCCUUCCUACCGAUGUCAAAUCCUCUCAUGUCUCGGGCGGAUCGUCGUCGGCGUCUCGCAUUGAGCUACCUUCGACAGUGUCGUCCGUCGGUCCGCCGUCAUCUAGCACGAGCAAGUCGUUUGGAUUGUUCCCUAGCCAUACUGUUAGCAGCUCGUCUUCGGUGGCUUCCACGUCUUGGUCACCUUCGACGUCUUCGGCGGCUUCCACGUCUUCGUUGGAUCCCAUGUCUUCGGCUGCUUCCACGUCUUCGAUGGCGGCUUUACCGUCGGGUGGUCAUCUUGCUCCACCUUUCGCGAACGGUACCGCUAUCAGCUACACCCCGGGCAUCUUCCCCACUCUGAACGCAAGGAACGACAAGUCCACCACGACUAUCACCUCUACGGUCACUCACCAUGCCUCUAACCAUGCCAUGGACUCUGCCCAUGCCUUGGACAUCGCUCAUGCUGCGGCCACCGAGACCAAGAAGGGCCAGGCGGGAGAUAAUCGGGCCUCGUUCAUUGCGCUGUUCUUCGGCGUGUUGGUUGCUACCUGGCUUAUCUAA